AGCGGCAGCGUAAGCUGGAAAGCGUUCACGGGGCAUUUUUCGUUGUGAUACGCCGAAGAAAUUCAGGGGCAACCGAGGAGAGGGUUCACUCGAGAGGGGGGUGGUUUCGAGGCUGAGUAGGGAGCUUGCGCCUAGCCAGGCCGACUGGUUCGAGCUUCCGAGCUUUGGAGCAGCAGCCAGUCGCCGGCUGCCGGGCCACGACCUCGCAUCUCGUCCGGCUCUCGUUCAUCCCCCGAGGUCUCGCGACCACGUUUCUGACACUCGACCGCCCACUCGAUCGAGUGCACCCGGCUCCGCGAUCGACCACUCGACUCGCGAGCUGUAUGCUCCGCGUAUCGCGCGUCGUUUCCCAUCGUUCGCGACGUCGAGCAUCGUACAGUGACGGGUCGGAAGUUUUUCCAAGGGAAGAUUUCUUGUGCCGGUAUCGCCGAUAGUGAGGCUUAAUCUCGGACCAGUGCGACGUGGGGAACACAGCCGGGAGUACCAGCAGAGGCUGCAUCUGUUUGUUUCAUUUUUUCAUCGACUCGGAGGAUGGCGGAUGGGUGACAGACGUGGGAUCCGUGAUCCAGCGCGGGUUAAAGCUGUUUUUCGGCAACGGGGGAACCAUGUGAGGUUUCGACCAUGAGGUGUGGCGGUCAGAGCGGUGUCUGGAUAGCAAGCGUGAUCAUACUGUCAAUUGGAUGCUGGGUUGGCAAAGUUGGGCCACGACCAGUCGAUGGCGAGACUGCACACCUGACGUCGCCGAGGGAAAGGUUGGAGACCGUGCGACAGGUUCUUUCCGAGGUGCCUUUGAUCGACGGGCACAAUGACCUACCCUGGAACAUUAGAAACUUCGUCCACAACCAGCUGGCUGAGUUCGACUUCGACAAGGAUCUACGACAGGUCGCGCCCUGGAGCAAGAGCGCGUGGAGUCAGACCGACCUGGUUAGACUUCGCCAGGGCAUGGUUGGGGGUCAGUUUUGGGCUGCCUACGUGCCGUGCGAGUCUCAGCAUCUCAACGCGGUCCAGCUGACUUUGGAGCAGGUGGACCUCAUUAAGAGGCUCAUAGAGAAGUACUCGCAACACAUGCAGUUUGCUGCAUCUUCAAGGGAGAUCCUGGAGGCCCACGGAAGGGGCAGGAUAGCUUCCCUGAUCGGGGUGGAGGGUGGACAUAGCCUAGGAAGUAGUUUAGCCGUUUUAAGGACACUGUAUCACUUGGGUGUACGGUACCUCACGCUCACGCACACUUGUAACACACCAUGGGCGAAAAGUUCGUCGGUGGAGGACGGAAAUGAGGACAGUGGUCUGACGGAGUUCGGUAAAGCUGUGGUCCAGGAAAUGAAUAGGCUCGGAAUGCUGAUAGACCUUAGUCACACAGCGAGGGCUACCAUGAGGGACGCUUUAAAGGCCAGCAGAGCGCCCCUCAUUUUUUCUCACUCGUCGGCCUUUGCCAUUUGCAACUCCUCGAGAAAUGUUCCCGACGACAUUCUAAAGCAGCUGGCUGCUAACGGUGGUCUGGUGAUGGUGACAUUUUAUAACUACUUCGUGAAGUGUGGCUCACAGGCAACCGUCUCCGACGUCGCCGAGCAUAUUUACUACAUUAGGAACCUAAUUGGCGUGGACCACAUCGGCGUGGGUGGCGACUUCGAUGGGAUCAACAAAACACCCCGAGGACUCGAGGAUGUCUCGAAGUAUCCAGAAUUGUUCGCCGAACUCCUCCGAAGUGGGAAAUGGAACGUGCUCGACUUAAAGAAAGUCGCCGGUCUGAAUUUGCUGAGGGUCCUCCGACAGGUGGAACGCGUGAGGGACGACAUGAGAACCGCCGGAGUAACGCCAUCGGAAGUGUACCUUCAAGAUUCAUCUGGCACAAACAAUAACUGUGCGCUCGACAUCAACUCCGUGCAGAGGGUCAUGGAAGUUUGAUCGUUCUAUCAGUUGGAGAACUACUUCUUCGCGAUCUCCCUGCCGUCCUAUUCUCGACAACGGACAUAAUUACGUCGGGGGUCAGGGAAAUCCGUGCGCGAUCGGAAGGAGGGACCUUCCCCCGUCGCUUGAUCCUUGCGCACUCUGUCCCUAUUAGAUGCUCAAUCAGGAUAACGUUAAAAUGGAAAAACCUACCUCGAACGAAGUCACGCGAACACGGUACACGGCUUCGAAUUUCUCAUUUGCUCGACAGUAGGUUUUCAUUAUCCAAAGCGCAGGCAGAAUUAUUUUUUAACGAACCUUUAAUGAUGGACACAAAAUCCCUUAUUGAAUUCUCACCUAUUUCUUACGAGAACAGAGCUAAUAUCGGCCAAGCGAUACGAUCAAUCAUGCAUAGUUUAAGACACGAGCUCGAACGAAAGAAAACGAUUACGACAAUAUAGAGGUCUUUUCUAAACCGUGGCACUCUUGUAUUUUAAGAGAAAAGUAUUGUGUGUGAACCCGGCUGUGUAUCUUCCUACGUCUUCCCCCUCUCCUCUCAUUGCACCGAAGAAAACACGUGCACCUUAGCGUCGAAAAUCAAGGAAUCAAAGCUGAGCACCCAUUAUCGAGCGAAUCGUUAGUUUAUCUGAAAAAAAAUCGUUGUAAUCGUUAAUAAAAAGAAAACGUUUCGGAAGGAAAACAUAUCGGAUUUGAUAAAGAGUGUAUGUGCAAACGACAGACUGUUGGUAACGCUGUAGAGCAAAAAAAAAAAAAAAAUUAAUCGACCGUGUAAGAGAACAAAUGCCUUUCGCGAGGUGUAAAAGCCCUCUGACAGGGCGAGGCUAAUAAUUAGGGCAUACUAUCGACUCUUCGUCGACUUGUGUCGACUUGUGUUUUUCAAGCCUCACCUGUGGACCCCCUAGAAUUAAAUUAUUAAUUGAAACAGAUGUACCUGUGGUUUGCAUUUUCUCAAUUUAAUAUUCAAAUUAAAUUUCUUUUUUUGUCGAUUUAAUUUUUUUUUUUUAUAUAUAUGUUUAUUAAAGGAUUUACAAAAGUAAAUAUGUACAAAAAUUGAUAAACGAAGAAUCCCAUUUCUGAAUUCAUUCUCGUAGCAUAUAACUAAAUUGUCGAACGAUUGAAAGUCGAUGGUUAUGCACUCAAAAUUAGCCUGAGUCAGUUGCUCACCGGGAACGAACAUCAAUGAUGUAAUUGAAACAUGUGUGCGCACAGGGAUGGGCAGAAUGUCCUAUAAUAAUGAUUUGAAUAACUACUGAUUUGUAUCCUGUUUGUAGUUAAAUGUUUAAAUAUAUUUUCCUUGGCAUUUCAAUUUAGAUGUUUGUCAGACUCGUGUGUAUAUUGCAUUAGCGUGAUGAUCGACAAUUAAAUUUUAUAUAAAUAACCUUAUCAUACAUUUUGUAUAUAUUAUUAUAUCGAUGAAUUUGUAAGUUUCUAAAAAAUGUAGAAUAUAUAAAUUGUUUUAUAAUCAAAUUUGUAAAUAUCUCGAUAAACAAUUUUGAAAGUAUUCGUGACUCUGAAAAAUGUACAUUGACUUAAUUAAUUUAUUUACUUACAAACAACUUGAAGAUCAAAUACCAUACUAAUACCAUGUACACAUGACCCGAAACAACAAUUUAUUUGUAUUUAAACUGAAUAUGUAUGAAUAUUCUUUGUUAAUUGAAUACCGAAUAAUAAUGUAUUUGGUGUUCGUAAACACAACAAAGUAUAAUUUAAUAGCUAAUAGAAAUUUGUUAUUCAAUUGCCACAAAAUAUAGUACUUCGAGUUAUUCGUCAUUUAUUCUAAAAUAUACAUAUACAUGGUGUCUACGUGUAAGUUCGGACAUACGUA